GCCCAAAAGCUCGCCAGUAUCUAUUGCUGUUCCUUUUUUAUUUUGUUGACCUCUUCCGAAGACUCUUACGGUCAUCUUACCCUUCAUUUGUCAACUCUCGCGCCGACGUUCCGGCACUAUUGCCUCUAUUCGCCUCCGCCGUUCUCCGCAUCUAUUAGAAAUCAGCCCUGACAUACAUACACCACCAUCAAUACCCAAUUCCCCGAUUACCUCAAGCAUAUACGGAAUCAAUGAUGGCUGAAGUACAACCGGAGCGAGUGGAUGCCCAAUAUAAAGGCACAGGGAACGUGUUCAACCAGCAACCAUCAGCAGCCGCAAGCUCAUCCAAGCAAGCCCGAGACGAUGACUCGAAAGCCCCAUUGCCCAAGGGUGUCGUGCUAGGCAAGGACGGCAAGCCCUGCCGCACCUGCACAUCCGUCGCCUCAUGGCGAGCCCUAACAAAACAAGCCAAAGCCGAAACCCCAACAAGCACAAAUCAAACGACAACCUCAAAAGCAGCCCUAGCGACAGCAGCAACCCCCUCCACAAGCGAAACACCCGCAGAGUGCCCACCAGACGUCGAACAACUAGGCCGCUCAACCUGGACACUCCUGCACUCGAUGGCAGCGACAUACCCUGAAAAAGCAAACACGGAACACCAGGAUAACAUGCGGGGGUUCUUGAAGUUCUUCUCGAAGCUUUACCCGUGCUGGGUUUGCGCGGAUGAUUUCCAGACUUGGAUGGCGCAUCCCAGUGGACGGAAUCAGCCACGGUUGGAGAGUCGGAAGGAGUUUGGGUGGUGGAUGUGUGAGGCGCAUAAUGAGGUUAAUCGGAAGCUUGGGAAGAAGGAGUUUGAUUGUCGGUUUUGGGAGGAGAGGUGGCGGACUGGGUGGAAGGAUGGGAGGUGUGAUUAAGUGUAGGGUGUUGAGGAUGUUUAAUAUGUUGUAUGCUUAUGGUUGGUGUUGGUUUGUUCUUCUCUCUACUCAUCUUGUUGGACAUUUUGUACAUUAGAUAUGCAUAUUCUAGCGAAUUGAUAUAGAUUGGAC